CGAUAAGGUUUGAUUUCGUAUGCGUCGCAUCGCCGUCGCGCGACCAUCGCGCGACCGUCGCCCACGCAAGCCACGGCGUUACAUGUUCCUUACAUGGUUAAGAGAUACAUUAUUUCUUAUUAACCGAUAGUAACAUCAUGAUAUUUGUUUUCUAACAAUACCUUUGUUGUGAGUGAGCGAUACCUUAUUUGGAUGGUGUCAUUUGAUGAUCUGGGUUCAUUUUGUACUGAAUCAGGAAUUAUUUCUCUUUUAUAUAAUGGUAAAUGUGAUGGCUUAUUUAUUCAUUAUCCUAUCUUUCGCCAUGUCCGACGUGAUUGUUAUUGACCCUUGCUUGUGGUACGUGUACCAGCUGUCGUCGUCAUUUGCUGUGGCAAAUGGGGUUGGCCUCUUUCUGUCAACCCUGCGCACCGUGAAUGGCGUCAGAGAGUAUGUGAGUGUUUUGGAAGCGUCGACUGGGCACCCUUUACUGUGUCCUGUCAACCCCGCGGCCGAGUUCCAGCUGCUCCUGUCGGUGGAGCUGAACACCAUACUUCGCGACGGGACCAUGGUCUGCGUGGAUCCACAGCGGUCCGCCGAUGGCUUGUGGUUUGUCAUCUGGCGGCCUGUGGACCCCGAAGAUCUGCUGGAGGACGUCGUCAUCGCGGCGUUGGAAAUGUAGUGUUUGCGUUGUGCGUUUGUGCGUUUCGUCGUUGUGUUUAUCUAAAGAUAGAGGUAUUGUAAUUGAUUCAUUGGUAGUAUUGAGCGUGAUUGUUUCUGUUUCGUAGUUUAUGAAACAUUUGUAUUUUAAUAAGAAAUCUUGUCCAAUUAUUCCGUCUACUUGUAAGGGUAGUUUUGGGAAUACAUGAAAUUUAUGUUCAAAUGAUUUGUUUUUUGUUUUGUAUGUUUAAAGUUAUUGUAUUAUAUGAUGUUAUUCUUGCUCCUACUCCAUUAAUUCGCGUCUUUUCGGGUGUUAAGUAUCCGCAUGAUAAUAUUGCUGCGUCAUGCGUUAUUGCGCUUAGACUGGCACCCGUGUCGAUAAGCCAUAUGUGCGGUGUUCCGUUUAUCGCAAACUUAACUGAAUUGAUGUAGCGAGGUCACAGUCACACUAAAUCACAACCCCAACCACAGCAUUAAUGUACAGCAAAUAUGGGAAGCCAAUGUACCAAAGACAUCAAAAGCGAAGAGGUUAUCAUCGCUCAGAACGGGGCCGCCAAUAACGCAAGCACUAAGCAGACAGCAGGAAAGUUACGAUCUACGUCACUUCGGCAGUACUCGUAAUAAUAAACUUUAUAUUCGCCUACGCCCUAUGGAAGAAGAUACACAAAUGUCUAACGAAGAAAAUUGAGCGACAAGCAACGGCAGCAGUGAUGCGCAGAAAACCUGAGCAGAGCGUCUAGCAACUGCAAUCACAACAGCUUUCCCCUGGCAGGAUCGCUGUAGUGAGGUCACAGUCAUAGAGCAUGACGUCAUACACUUGUAGUAACUAUGGGGUUACUAACACUAUAAAGUAAACGAUUGAAUAAAGUUCGUCAACCAAUUUAAUUAACACUUCAAAAAUGUUUGUACAGUACAGUCUUAUUACUAUAAGUACUAUUAUAACAUUUAGGGCACCGAAUCGCUAACAUUAAGUAUAGGUACGUAACGUGCGCAUCGAGCUGCGUGGUCGCGUGGUAUCGAUGUAUCUUCAGUUAAAUAUCCCCGGUCCCGGGUUCGAAUCCCGGUAAGGGCAUUUAUUAGUGUGAUGAGCA